AUGGCCCUCGAAGACGAAGAAAUGACAGCAUUUCGAACCCCAAAAGGGAUAUACUGUUACAAGUGUUAUGUGGAUGACCUUGUGGUCAAAACCAAGCGACGACAGUACAAUUUGAAGGAUCUAAGGACUGUGUUUGAUCGUCUGCGAAAGUACCAGUUAAGGAUGAACCCCUCAAAUGCACGUUUGGAGAAGACAUGUCUUGCACUCUUCUACGCCAUAGAUAAGUUGAGGCACUACAAGCAGGCCUUCACAGUCCACUUAAUCGCGAAGACCGACCCCAUCAAGUACGUUCUGUCUAGGCCAGUCCUAUCGGGACGUUUAGCCAAAUGGGCAAUCAUGCUUCAACAGUACGACAUUGUUUAUGUACCACAAAGGGUGGUUAAAGGGCAGGCAUUGGCCGAUUUCCUGGCAGAUCACCCAUACAAGUCAUCCAUAUAUAACGUUGCCGCAAAAGGGUUGGCUGAGGCAUUUAACAAGACAUUGUACAACCUGCUGAAGAAAAUUGUCUCCAAGUCGAAGAGAGAUUGGCAGGAAAAGAUCGGUGAAGCGUUGUGGGCUUAUCGCACCACUCACCGUACCCCUAUAGGAGUCACCCCGUACUCUCUUGUUUAUGGGGCAGAAGCUGUCCUUCCUUUGGAAAGAGAGAUUCCAUCGCUGAGAAUGUCAGUGCAAGAAGGGCUAACUACGGAAGACAACGCCAAACUGCGGCUCCAAGAGUUGGAAGCAUUGAAUGAAAAACAGUUAGAAGCUCAGCAAGCGCUGGAAUGUUACCAGGCACGAAUGUCUAAGGCUUUCGAUAAACAUGUAAAGCCUCGAUCCUUUCAAGUAGGUUAA